AUGUCUGCGAAGGCCAUCUCAGAAGCUGAUGGCAAAGCCGUCCUGAACUACCACCUCACCCGCGCUCCUCUCAUCAAGCCAUCUCCUCUUCCUCCGCAAUCCACACACAACCCUCCCGCCAAGCUCGCAACCAUCCACUUCGAAGACGGUGACGAUGUCCGAGGCGUGCUCGACGCCGCAGAAGCCACAUACCCCUUCCUCCUCCAGUCCGGCGCAAAGUUUGUCGCGAAGCCAGAUCAGUUGAUCAAGCGGCGAGGCAAGUCGGGUCUGCUGAAGCUCAAUGCUACGUGGCCAGAGGCGAAGGAGUGGAUUGAGGCGAGGGCGAACAAAGUGCAGAAGGUGGAGCAUAUUGAUGGUGUGCUGAGGAACUUUUUGGUGGAGCCGUUUGUGCCGCAUCCGCAGGAGACGGAGUAUUACAUUAACAUCAACUCUGUUCGCGAGGGCGACUGGAUCCUCUUCUACCACGAGGGCGGUGUUGAGGUCGGUGAUGUCGACGCCAAAGCCGAGAAGAUGCUCGUCCCCGUGGACCUGAGCCAAUACCCCAGCAACGAGGAGAUCGCCGCCAGCCUGCUCAAGAACGUGCCCAAGGGCGUGCACCCCGUCCUCAUCGACUUCAUCUCCCGCCUCUACGCCGUCUACGUCGACUGUCAGUUCACCUACCUCGAGAUCAACCCGCUCGUCGUCAUCCCGAACAAGGAGGUCACCUCUGCAGAAGUCUACUUCCUGGAUCUGGCGGCCAAGCUCGAUCAGACGGCCGAGUUCGAGUGCGGUGUCAAGUGGGCUAUUGCUCGUGCACCUGCUCAGCUCGGCAUGCCUGUCGCGCCCGCUGGUCAAGGCUCGAAGGUCACCAUCGACGCUGGCCCACCAAUGGAGUUCCCAGCGCCUUUCGGUCGUGAGAUGAGCAAGGAGGAGGCCUACAUCGCUGAAAUGGACGCAAAGACUGGUGCCUCGCUCAAGCUCACCAUUCUGAACAGCAGCGGUCGUGUCUGGACUUUGGUUGCUGGUGGUGGUGCGUCCGUUGUCUAUGCCGACGCCAUUGCCUCUGCUGGCUUCGCUUCUGAGCUCGCCAACUACGGCGAGUACUCUGGUGCCCCCACCGAGACGCAGACCUUCCACUACGCCCGCACUGUGCUCGAUCUCAUGCUUCGCGCGCCGAUGCACCCUGACGGCAAGGUCUUGUUCAUCGGCGGCGGUAUUGCCAACUUCACGAACGUCGCCUCCACCUUCAAAGGCGUCAUCCGCGCCAUCCGCGAAGUCGCGCCCCUCCUCAACGAGCACAAGGUGAAGAUCUGGGUCCGUCGCGCCGGGCCCAACUACCAGGAGGGUUUGAAGAACAUCAAGGCUGUCGGUCAGGAGCUGGGCUUGUCGAUGAGAGUGUUUGGGCCGGAGAUGCAUGUUUCGGGUAUCGUGCCGUUGGCGCUCGUGCCCGGGAAGUGGAAUGAGAGUAUUAAGGAGUUUGAGGGUUAG